CUAGCACGUGCGUUGUUUGAGCUAAAGAACUGGCACGAAAACAAGAACCAACCACAAAGCGCCAUCUCAGAGCGAUGGCGUUCACUACUCGUGCGGCGUUCCGCGGUCUGCGGAGCAGGGGCGGCUCCACUAACGCCCGCGCCGCCAGUCUUCUGACCACUGCCUCGCGCAGCGUGCACAGCGCGUCCGCCGUCCGGUACCAGGCGGCAAAGGUCUCACCGGCGGAACUGACCAAAAUUUUGUCGGAGAGGAUCGAAAAAUUCUCGGAUGCGGCCAACGUCGAAGAAGUUGGAAGGGUGCUGAACGUAGGGGACGGAAUUGCCCGGGUGUACGGCUUGAAGAAUGUCAAGGCAGGUAUAAAAAAAUGGAAAAUUAGGAACCCGGCCGUGCCUGUGCCUCCUCCUGCGAGGAAUUUUUAUUACUACCAGCGUUUAGAAGUGGUAGACAGACUCCUUGUUUUCGUUUUAUUUUUCCAUUCUCGACUCUAUCUCCAUCUCGUUGUCGUCUCUGGAUCAUCUGCAAUAAUAAACCGGAUGCGGAUUGUAUGUGUGUAUCUACAGUUCCAAAAGAAAUCCAAACCCGUGUACUCCCAGGUGAGAUGGUUCAGUUUGCCUCGGGUGUGAAGGGCAUGGCGUUGAACCUGGAAACUGACAACGUUGGUGUCGUGAUCUUCGGCGACGAUCGCGGCAUUUCAGAGGGCGACUCCUGUGCGCGAACAAAAGAGAUCGUGGAUGUGCCGAUAGGGCCCGAAUUGCUCGGAAGGGUUGUGGAUGCUUUGGGUACUACGUAUGUUUAUUUUCUCGUGGUUGUUUUGCGAGCGCAGAACGCGGGUUUAGAUUUACGAAUUCCGACGUAUAUUUACACCUAAAAAUAUUCUUUCUACCCCUCGUCCGGAUGAUGUUACUCGCAGCGACUUGAUCAAUUGGAAUAUGAAAUAAAUUUCAAUAGGUAACCCCAUCGACGGCAAGGGUCCGAUUGCAGCAAAGCAGAGAAGACGAGUCGAAAUCAAGGCACCGGGGAUUUUGCCACGACAAUCCGUCUACGAGCCCAUGAGCACAGGUUCAAUUUCUGAUGGUUCUGGUGGAUGACUACAAUGAAUUACUGGCGCUUGUUGGGCAUGUCUCGACGCACUUGAUGUUGCAUGAAACAGUACAACUGUCAGCGUAGUUUCGUCAUAUAUUUCAGUUACCUUGCAUCGGCAACGGCAUCGCAACACGGGCACUAUCAAUCUCCUAAAAAAGGUAUCAAAUCCGUGGACGCGCUAAUCCCAAUCGGGCGAGGCCAGCGUGAGUUGAUUAUUGGCGAUCGGCAAACCGGCAAAACGUCUAUUGCGCAGGACACAAUUAUCAACCAGAAGGAAAUCAACGCCGGACCGGACCCGAAGAAGCAUUUGAAGUGCAUCUACGUGGCCGUGGGACAGAAGCGGUAGAACAACUUAAUGACUUUGUCAUGCUGUUUUACCUUGAGAUGGAAGGAUAUCGAUAUUUGUAUUGCAUGACUACCAUUAUUUCGAGGCGAGUACGUUACUUUUGCAAUGGAUAACAUCAGAUCCACCGUCGCGCAGCUGUACAAAACUCUGGAGAAAUAUGGCUGCCUCCACUACACCUGCAUCGUCGCGGCCACCGCCUCCGACGCCGCUCCGCUGCAGUACCUCGCGCCUUUUUCUGGCUGCGCGAUCGGGGAGUACUUUCGCGACAACGGGGAGCACUCAGUCAUCAUCUACGAUGAUUUGUCAAAGCAGGCCGUGGCCUACCGUCAAAUGAGUCUGCUGCUGCGCAGGCCGCCGGGUAUAAGACAUUACAUAUACACUGGGCGUUGGUUUUAUUGUUCCAGAAACUCCUGAAGUAAGAACCGAAUGAAUAGAAAAAAGAUAUAAACCCAAUGCUUUCUCCCCAGGAAAAAAUAUUUGAGAGGAGGAUAAAGAGGAUCUUGGUGCUUGCAGGAGCUUCCGAUGAUCUCAUGACAGCCCGCCACAAAACUUGCAUGUUGUUCACUGGCGAGUAUUUGCUGUCGAAAUAAACAAUUUCCAGGUCGUGAGGCGUAUCCGGGUGACGUGUUUUACCUGCAUUCCCGCUUGCUGGAGCGCGCGGCGAAGAUGAACGAGAAGACCCACGGUGGCGGCACCCUGACCGCACUCCCGGUGAUCGAGACCCAGGCCGGGGAUGUGUCCGCCUACAUCUAUCAACAGCAAAUAUGUCUGGCGCUGGAAGAAUGCCAGACUUGUCAUGCAGGUUUUCCAUGAUCCAUAAGGUCUGGCAUCUAGGACAUAGCAUGACAGAUUCUGUGAUAGUUCUAUGAUGCCUAUUCUGCAUGAGAGACUGCGUCUCGAUUAGGUCACAAGUGGACAGCUUUUGGCAAUCACGCAACACAGAUUUUUACAUGAUUCAGAUUUAGCAUGACAGGUUCCAACCUUCCAGACCCAGGCAUAUUUGCAAUGCAUAACAUCCCGACCAACGUGAUUUCGAUCACGGACGGACAGAUCUUCCUGCAAACCGAGCUGUUCCACAAGGGGCAGCGACCAGCCGUGGAUGUCGGUCUCUCCGUGUCGCGGGUAGGAAAGGCCGCGCAAACCAAGGCCAUGAAGGAAGUCACAGGUAUAAGUAGUACUUUUUGGUAGACCUGCACCGGUGCGACCUGAUCGUCGUCAUCGACGAGUUUGCAACCUGAUGAAAAUGCGAUGGAGUCUGAGUCAAUAGAUAAACCUACUUUCUUCUUGAUUGGUUCUUUCCACCACGUACGACAUCAAGAACUACAAAUACCUAUCGUGUGUCAGGUUCUAUGAAGCUGGAGUUGGCCCAAUUCCGUGAAGUCGCCGCCUUCGCGCAGUUCGGUAGUGAUUUGGAUGCCGCCACGCAGCAGCAGCUCUUGCGAGGAAGCGUGUUGAUGGAACUGCUGAAGCAGAAGCUCUUCGUUCCUAUGGAGCUGCCGGAUAUGGUACAGCUUACAUUUUUCUCGUUUGCUUCUUGCAUUUGCAUGAGCAACCGCGGUGGAGCAUGGAUGUUGACAGAAAAAGAUGAAAUGCGUUUGAUCUUCCGAGCCUACCUUGAGCGAGUAAAACACAAAUUCCACCAAACCCUUGCAGACCCUGUCCCUGUUCUCCGGUUCCCAGGGGUACCUCGACAAAGUCCCGCUGAAGGACAUCCAGCGCUUCGAGAAGGAGUGGACGCAAUACAUGCGGUCCACGCAUAUGCAAAACAAAAAUAAAACUGCCGCACCGCACACACACGAAAUGCAGCACAAGAAGCUCUGCCUAGCUGGAAAAUGUAAAUGAUAAACUUGUAGUAUAUGUUGAAUGGGUAUGGGGUACGGAUAGUACAACUAGGGUAGGAGACGGCGCAUGUGAAGAUGCAUGGUCACCAGCUGCAUUUCUUUUACGUGUGCUGCAGUUAUUAAUUAACCUCGUGUAUAACACACGCCGACAUCGUGGAAGACAUCAAAAAGACCGGGCAGUUUUCCAAGGAAACCUCGGAUAAGGUGCACGCGGCCAUCCAGACCUUCCUUCAGGAAACCGACUUUGAAGUGAAAGCGGCAGCGUAAAAAGGAGAAAUAACGGGUGGAUUUGAGGCAAGUAGUAGAGGAGAAUGUGACUGAAAGUACAAUGGCCUACUGCUCCAUGGAGCGAAGAUUGUGAUUGUCCUCGUGUAGGUGUACUAGCAAAAAUGAUAAAAACAGUACGAUAUGGAAGAUGAAAAUCUUCUCUAUCAUGCACGCGGCAAGAACGAGGUCGUGCUCUUCGAAGUCUGGGCUGUAGGACCGUGCGACCGCUACUUCCGCUAUGUAAUAUAAAAAGCAUAUCUUUAUUGGCUCUUGUUCGGGCGUGGGAUUUUUAACAGGGACUUCUAAAACGCUGCCGUUGCUGUAAACAGAAAUAAACUUGAAGUUGAUCUUCAAAAAUUUUCCGAAAUACUUUUAUGAUUUCUUUGCUACCCGUCAAAAAAAUAAAUUCCCUUUCUAUCAACAGCAGCAGCAGCGGCACCGGAUAUUGAAGAUUGCAUUUCUUUUUAGUAAAACAUCCGUAGAAAUCGUGCAACUGCUUCGCAAAAAGGAGAGCAGCAAUAAUCUUCGCAUAGUCUUCUUUUUCAAGUAAAAACGCUAUGCAAGGACGUGGAAACUUCAUCCUCCUGCACGGACUUUUUGUCCUUCACUAACUGCGAAGCACAUGUUUUGUUCUUUGAAGUUUUUUCGUAAAGGAAAAAAAGCAAUAAUUCCUGGCUGCAACAAAAGGAAACC